CUCUCGUUCCUUCUUCAGUUUGACGGCGCUUCGCAUCUACCGGAGGAAAUAAGCGCCUCAAACGGACCGACUGUGAAGGACUCGUUCUUUCUCUCUCGGACUAUCAUACGAAGCGAAAACAGCAUGAAUUCUGCCUGCCUCGUCGCCACCCAGACGCCUUUCGUCAACCCUUCAGCUUUUGUCCAGGCUGAGAUCCAGCCUGGUGGGCAGCAGUCUCCCAUGAGCAGCCGUGCUGUCCUGUGGAGACCCUGGCUCAUCACCAGCCAAGAUGGGUGCAAGAGGAACAAGCUCGCAUGUCCUUACACCAGACCAACAAUGACGGGUAACACCACAGCAGAUGGCAAAACUCAGUCUUUCCAGCACCCUGUCAGACUCUUCUGGCCAAAGUCCAAGUCAUAUGACUACCUCUACAGCGAUGGCGAAGCUCUGCUGAGAAAUUUCCCAGUCCAGGCAACCAUCAGCUUCUACGAUGAGUCAGACAGCGAGGAUGAGGAAGAGGAACAGGACGACUGGGAGGAGGAGGAAGACAGUGAAGAAAAAGAGUGCCUCAAACCCCAGAGCCAUUUUACCACCUACAACUGAAUUCAUACACGCCACGAUGGCAGCUUCUGGAAGACAUGAA